AUGACCUCAUUGAAUAUUUGGGAGUUGGCCAAGGAGAAACUCCGGGAAAAUCAAGAGAAAGCUAUGGAAAUCGAUGAGAAAUUGGAGGAUGAUGGGAAUGCGAUGAGUGUAAAUGAAAUCAAGCGUCGCCAUGAAUCAGUGGUGAUCAUUUGUGGGAGUCAAAAUUGCGGGAAAUCCUCGUUGAUUCUUCGUUUUCUCGAGCGAAAUGAGAACCCAAAGAUGACGAUCGGUUUGGAAUACACGUACGGGAGAAGGACAAGAGGAAAUAAUAAAGACGUUGGACAUUUAUGGGAGUUGGGCGGUGGUUCGAGGCUUUCAUCGCUUCUCUCCAUUCCACUCACUCCACAGAAUAUUGAAAUUGCUUCCCUUGUCAUCGUUCUUGAUCUUACAAAACCGCACGAGUUAUGGAUUACGGCAGAGAAGCUAAUUGAAGGAACUCGUGCUCGAAUCAACGACGUUUUGCGUGAAGUAAACCGUUUAACUCCGACUGUUCACGAUCGAUUAUUGGCAAAUGCUAAAGCAAGAAUUGCUGGCCAUUCAGAUCUUACUCUUUGUGAUCCAUUCCCGAUUCCGAUCGCUUUUGUUGGCGCAAAAUAUGAUGAGUUUCAAAAUUUCGAAUCCGAUGAUCGCCGCCAAAUUUGCAAAGCGAUGCGCUUUCUCGCGCAUCAUUACGCCGCAAAUUUGUUGUUCUACUCGUCAAAAAUGGAGAACCUCGCCGUUCGUGGACGAGCUCUUUUGAGUCAUCUCGCGUUUUCCACAGCAAACAGCAAGGGAAUAAGCACCGAUCACAACAAACCGCUCUUCGUCCCGCCCGGUCAAGACUCGUUUGAGGAUAUUGGCGCUCCACCAUUGCCCCAGGGUUCAUUCACUUCACUCCGCGCCUCUCAACCGAUCGCUUUGUGGAGAGAAGCGAUCAAUGAGAUGUUCCCACAAAAGGAAGCCAAAGAGCAAACGGGUGACGAUUUAACCGAAGAUCCCCUUUUUGUCGAACCACAAAUCGACAAGCUGGUCGAACAGAAAAGAAGGGAUCUCGAAAUGUAUGUAAAGCAAAAAAGGGAAAGACAGGCCGCUGAAGAAAGGAUAAAAUUGAAACUAAAG